AUGACUGAGUACCAACUGGCCUUGUGGGAGAAAAAGUUAGCAAAACAUCAGCUACUCGUUUUUGAUAACGUGUUACCUGGAUGCUGUCUGCUUUAUGCAUUUUCGUACUUGAGGACAUCUGUUAGCCUUGAAGUCAUUCUGUUGUCCAGCAUAACCCAGCCAACCUCAUCCAAGCACUGGAUCUCUGAUAGGACCACGUCCUUGCUGGAGACCCGGUCGCCACCAAAACUCCACCGGCGCAUCAUCCGACGCCAGGUGAAUCUGAGUGUCCGCGCAGACCGAGAAGCUUGGUGGGCCCGAAAGGUCGAAGAAAUGGAAGAUGCAAAGAAUGCUGGGAACGUGCGCAAAUUGUUCUACCUGAUUCGUUCGACUGGUCCUCGGAAACCUCUUGUCAGCGAGAUAAUCAGGGACCAAAAUGGUUCCCUGAUAUGCAACAAAGCAGAACGUUUGGACCAAACCUGGCCUUCAACAGAGAGUUGGACCGCAAAGAUUGAGCCGCCUUCAGUCUCAGAAGUGUCUGACGACCCUCCACCUGCUCUUUUCAAGAAUGGCGGUGGAUUCCUCAGCCACAGGCGUCAAGUUAUGCAUGUUAUCCCACAAAUUUACCAUGUUUUACAAAUCUCCUCCCAUCCCAUCAUCUCCCCAAGCUUUGAAAUUCGGAAGUGCUUGCUUCGGACGACCCGCUUAGCUGAUCUCUCCACCUGGCCUAUGAUCUACAACCCCGGGAUCACCAAGCGGACCAAGAAAACCUACAAUCCCAUAUCGUUUUCGUUCCAACUAGUUCCCUCGACCAGGCUGAAGUGA